UGUCCUUCAAAUAGAGGCGCCCAAAACAAUCUAAACAAACACUGCAGAGAGGAAGAAGGGUGUUUCAGUCCUUUGACAUUUAACAGUUUUUCGCCACGAGAAAGCGAUGAAAUAGUGUGGCUUGCAUGUGUUACCUUUGAUGUCACGUUGAAAUUGUCAUACUCGCUGAUUCACAGGCGCAUGUUCAUUUUUGAAGUGCAACAAGUCGGUUCUCAAGGAAGGUGCUCUCGCCCUUCCUGGUUGUCGUUUUGGAAACUUUGUUGUGACCUGCCUUGAUACUUCUAGGAAGAUGGCACAUUUAGAAGGGACAAAGUAUGGCACAGGAGACUUUGUUCUUCUUGAUACAAUAUCAAUCGAUUCGUUUAUGGAAAAUCUUCAAAAGAGAUACGAGCACGAGAAGAUUUACAGUUACAUCGGCGAAGUAAUUGUUUCAGUAAACCCUUAUGUUGGUCUGGAUAUUUACAGUCAGGCGAUAAUUGAUGAUUACAAAGGGCGAGAAAUGUACGAAAGGCCUCCACAUAUCUUUGCAUUGGCUGACGAUGCUUAUAAAAGCAUGAAAAGAAAAGCGCAAGAUACAUGUAUCGUUAUUUCAGGUGAGAGUGGAUCUGGGAAGACAGAAGCAUCUAAGAUAAUCAUGAGAUACAUUGCUGCAGUGACCAAUCCAUCAAGAAGAAAUGAAGUUGAAACUGUAAAAGAUAUUUUGCUACAGUCAAAUGCAAUCCUUGAAGCAUUUGGUAAUGCUAAAACAAACCGAAAUGAUAACUCAAGUCGCUUUGGCAAAUACAUGGACAUUGAUUUUGAUUUCAAAGGUGAUCCAAUAGGAGGCCAUAUCAACAACUAUCUACUAGAGAAAGCUAGAGUUGUUCAUCAGCAAAAGGGAGAGAGAAACUUUCAUUCAUUCUAUCAGCUUUUAAAUGGCGCACCAGAUGAUAUUCUGCAAUACAUGCAGCUGGAGCGAGACCCAAGCCUCUACCUGUUUGCGAGACAAGGAGAGGUUUUCCAGAUGAAGUCAAUAGAUGACAAAAGAGAUUACCAAAUUGUCAAUGCUGCAAUGAAAGCGACAAAAUUCUCACUCGACGAGUGCAACAUCAUCUGGAAACUUCUAGCAAGUAUUUUGCACUUGGGUAAUGUAAAAUUUGUGCCUGAUGAAGCUCAACACGACCAGGCUCGGGUUCAUGGACGUGAUAUAUUGGGAUUCAUUGCAAAGCUGCUUGCAAGUAGUCAGGAUGAAGUGGAGAAGGCACUUUGUUACCGUGUUGUUGCUGCUCGGGGUGAAGUUGUGGAGAAGGGUCACUCGGUUAUGGAAGCAAGUUAUGCCAGGGAUGCGUUUGCCAAGGCCAUUUAUGAUAGACUUUUUUCAUGGAUCGUCAGCAAAAUAAACAGUGCUAUUGAAGUACCUGAGAGUCAACGGAAUCACGACGGCUGUACGGUCAUUGGAGUUCUUGAUAUUUACGGGUUUGAGAUCUUCGAUGUGAACAGUUUCGAACAGCUCUGUAUCAAUUAUUGCAACGAGAAGCUCCAGCAAUUGUUUAUUGAACUGGUGUUGAAACAAGAACAGGAGGAGUACAAUAGGGAGGGAAUUGAAUGGCAACAGAUUUCAUACUUCAACAACAAAAUCAUAUGCGAUCUUGUUGAUUUGCCUCACAAAGGCAUUGUCGCUAUCUUGGAUGAGGCAUGUUUAAGUGUUGGCAAAGUAACAGAUGAGAUGUUUCUGCAUGCCAUGGACCAGAAGCUUGGUUCUCACGAGCACUACAAAAGCAGACAGACCGACAGCUCUGACAAAACAUUGGACCAUAAUGAGCAUUUCAGAAUCACUCAUUAUGCUGGUGAAGUGACGUACUCAGUGCUUGGUUUCCUCGAUAAAAACAAGGACAACUUGUUCCAAGAUUUUAAAAGGCUUCUCUUCAACAGUACCCAUCGCAUUCUAAAAGAAAUGUGGCCAGAAGGCGAACAGGACGUUACCAAGGUAACAAAACGGCCGUUGACAACAGGAACAAUCUUCAAGAAUUCCAUGAUUGCUUUGGUUCAAAAUUUGAUGAAAAAGGAACCUCACUACGUAAGAUGCAUCAAGCCAAAUUCUACUAAAUCUUCCAAGAAGUUUGAGGGUGAGCUCGUCGAGAGACAGGUUCGCUAUUUGGGCCUUCUUGAAAAUGUCCGCGUGAGACGUGCUGGCUUUGCAAACCGUCAACUUUACACACGUUUUCUAGCAAGAUACAAGUUGACAUGCGAUGAAACUUGGCCGAACUUCCCCGGCUCACCAAGAGACGGUGUUGCCAAAAUCAUAGAAAAGCAUGGUUUUCAGAAAGAUGUUACCUAUGGGCAUACGAAGAUUUUCAUACGUACGCCAAAGACGCUGUUCGCUUUGGAAGAUGAAAGGCUCAGCAAACUGCCUGGCGUUGUAGUCUUUUUGCAGAAGCACUAUCGUGGCUACAGGGCAAGAAAACUGAGGAAAUUUCUCAGAGCAAUCUACCUGAUCAUGAAGAAUUUCAAAACAUACAGAACCAGGAAGUACAUCAACCAAUUGAUCAACACAUUUGGAGGUGCCAAGACAGAGCCAAAUUUUGGUCGAGAUCUCCAAUGGCCUGUGCCACCGAAAGUUCCACGUGAUUUGGAGCCUAUUCUGCCAAUAUUGAAGAAACUUUUCAACAGAUGGCGUGGGGGAAUGAUCCUGAGUGCUGUUCCAAAACAAGACUGGCCACAAGUACGAAAUAAGUGUGCAGCCAUGGAUGCUUUGGCCGGAAGAAGAAAAGAGUGGGGUCCUCACAGGAACUGGGUUGGCAAUUACCUCGUUGAGAUGAACGAAGCUCGCAAUGUUGAAGGACUAAAGAAAUCGUUGGAUGCUUUGAAAAGGAAAAGCAAAUCGCAACAUGUUCUCUUCACGUCAUUUUGCAGAAAAGUAAACAGGCACAGCAAAGUAGAGGAGCGAAUAAUUGUGUUGACAGAAAAUACGAUUUUCAAGUUGAAUCCAUCAUUUAAAGAAAUGAAGGCCAUUCCUGUAACGAAGGUACAAGGAAUUGCGAUCAGCCCAGGCACUGAUCAAGUGAUUAUCAUACGCAAUCAUGGGAAUGAUUUGGUGAUCUGUUUGUACAAUGACAAACAAGAAAACAGAGUUUCUGAAUUGGUAGGACUACUGACAUAUGUCUCCAAAAGAAUGUACAGCAAAGACCUUGUCGUCGAAGUCAGUGAGAGCUUCAAUUGUGAACUUGGCAAUAAGCCAAAGAGACUAGCAAUCAAUGGAGUUCGGGGAAAUUCUUCUCCAAGCUUCCAGUUUCAAGGAAAAGACAAUCUGCUUGUAACCUGUCCUGUUUAACUGAAUAUUUUGGAGAAAUGUUUCCUUGACGGCACUGUUUUUUCUCGAUGAAAUUGGAGUUGCUGGGCGUUGAUGCACCGACACGACCAUUGUUAAACGUGGAUAUUGGAAAAUAUAUUCUUACUUUCGUAUGUAAUAUUAGUGGGUAACCAUUAUGGUGAUAUAGAAAGAAAGACGUGAUAUUAGAAUCGAAAGAUAGACAAUUAGUUGCAUUUAAGAAAUCGGGGCCUAUCAGUGACCUUUAAAAAGAAUAAGAAAUUCUUCCUUCCAAACAAAGCCUUCUUAUUUUAAUUCUGGCCCCUUAGAGUGAUAUGAAUUGGCGAAACUCAACCUAAAUUCAUUAUUACCCUAAAUGUUUGGGAAUUUCCUUUGUUAGUUUAAAUUGUCCGACUUGUUGAACAUAAAUAUGAAAAUGGUUUUAAUCCAAGCACAGAAAACACAGAAAUAUACUUUGAUCACUCAAGCGUUAUAUAUGUAGAAAAUUGUACAAUAGAUUUAAUUAAGUUAUGGUAAUUUCUAGUCUCAAGUAGUGUGUCUCCUUAAAUUAAAGAUUAACGUUUUUGAUUUAUGAUUUCGUGACAUAUGAAAGCCUCAGUAGGAACCAAAGCUAUCAAAAAGAAAAGCUGCUCUUUCAGGCACCGUAGCACAAUUACCUUUCUACAUUAAACAUAAAGCUAGAAAUCCUCGAACGAGUACCCCUGUUAAAUUUGUUUUUUUGGAAAGUCAGCUUCAUCCAAGUUGUAAUAAAGAAUAAACUGUUAGUUAUCUAUUCAAGGUUAGUUAUAAAAGUAAAUUUCUUAUUAUCGUUUAUGCCAUUCUUCUCGCCAACCUCGAAAUGGAUUCACAAUUAAGGAUGGGUACCCUCAUUGAAAGGAGGGCGCUUUAUAUUUGUUUACUGCGCUAAAGGGGGUGCUCAUUCGACAAUUUACGGUACAUAGUCUUGCUUGAUACCUUUUUUACAGUUUCAUAUUUGUUGUAAGAGCGAAUUAUCUCUUUUACUUCUCUUCAUCUGAUGUGAUGGCAGCUAAGCUCUUACCAUAACAAUCAAGUUUUUUUACUGUAAUUAUUUUCACGCUAGACAUUUGUUGUCCGCCAGGUAUCAAGGAACACAUGCACCCCACGUUUGUGAAGUAGCGUUUUCAACCCAAGGCUUUUGGAUUAACAGACAUUUUAGUAGAAAGAUUAGCCUAGUGCAUUUUGCAUUUUUAUAAAGUAAGUUUUACAGUCUUUAAGUAUUCGGAUUCUAAUGCUUUUGUACUUUUAGUUUUUCAGUGAAAAAUAGUGUCAACACGAAGUAAAGUUUUUAAAGCAGAUUUGAGACGAUUUGAUGUAGUUUGAUUAAAGCGAUUCAUCACGUAAUCGUUAUCAUGAACGUAAUCAUGUAAUUUUUGGUAA